AUGAUGCAAGAAGCCCGAGUCACCAAGCCAACCAGCGCACAGCAGCCGUCUCGAUCGGGAAGACGACGAGGACCCUAUGCGCUGCGCGCCUGCGAUGCGUGUCGAAGGCGCAAGGGGAAAUGCGACGGGAACCAGCCUUGUGGACACUGCGCAGCACGGGGGCGGGCCUGCCAUUUCAGCAGCGUCGCACAGGGCGAGGUCUUUGCGCUAGAUGCCACAUGCAUUGAUGGCAUGGAACCGCAGAACGAAGCCGAACAAAGGGCGUCACUGUCGCCCAUGAGAACGCGAGGGUUUGAGCCGUUCUCGAACCAGUGCGCACCGGUGCCAGGGCAAGAUCCAGUGUCACUUUCCCAGGCCAUGAGGCAGGUCGACCAGAGUGAGGGAGGGCAGGAGUCGUUGUUGAAUCUGGUGGCGCAGCUGCAACGACAACUCGACAAUCUGGCUUCCAGGGUCAACCUGCCCGCGCCAGCGCCGGCGACGGUCGUAGGCGGUCCUGCUCAACAACACCAAGACAAUGUGCCAUCUCCAACACGGCCAAUAUCCUUUCCUCAGCCGACUACGCGGCGACCCGGCAGCUCGGGCGCCGAGGCAUCACCAUCGUCUGCGCGCAACUUUUGCGGGCCUACAAGUCCAGACUACAGCCUGAACAUGGCACAGAUGAAGUUGAGGCAGAGAAGCCACUCGAUCUCCAUCCAGCCGCGGCCAACGCUGGCGAGCAUGGACAGUGGAGCGACUCACGGCGGUGAUGACGAGCACCCCGAUGGCACGAGCCAGAUAUCAACAGAGUCGUGGCGGUCGCAGCGGACGGAGAAUCUGAAGCUGCUAUACUUUCGAUCGAUCCUGGGGCUGGAAGAAAUCAAAAGACUGCUGCAAAUAUUCCAGGAGGUUGUCGGCGAGUUCCAUCCCGUGGUCGACCUCGAGGACCUGACUGGACGGGCCCAUUCUUGGUGCAGCGGCUCCGGCUUUGAUUCGUCGAGGAAUCAUAAUGCUGCAGAGGAGAACAAUCUCCUGAUUCUCAACCUCGCACUGGCCAUCGCUCUGCGAUCUGGGUCCACGAGCGCAACGUCUGACGCCGAGGUAGCCUUGCAAUCGCGGUUCCAGGAUGCCCUCAACGCCAAGCUCGCUGCCCCGGCGACGACCAUCAAGGACGUGGUGAUUGUAUUGCUAGCGGGCCUGUAUGACUACUUCCAGGAUGAGCCACGCUGUGCUUGGCGCAUGUGUGGCACGGCAGGCCGGCUCUUGAUGGAGCUCGGCUUCCACAACGGCGAGGUCUCCAAGCACAUUCUCGUAUCGGAGGCGCAGAAGCGGGAGGUGGCCGUGGUGACAGCCAGCGUCGUCAUCCUGGACCGGCAGUGGAGUGCCGCGACGGGCUUGCCGCCCAACUUCCAGGACUCGUCCUUUGACACCGUCCCUCGGCAUCUGAUCGACUCAUCAUAUUUGAAUGCCAUGACAGCAUUCCUUAUCAUUAGCGACAAGUUUGCCGACUCGAUAUCCAAGGCAGCAAAGGGGGACAUUGACCAGAACAGCGAUACCUACGAAAUCAUGAACUUUCAGCUCGAGCAGUGGCGGAGAAAGGCCAUUGGGCAGCAGUCGCUGAGCCAGAUCAGGAUUCAGCUUACAUCUCCAUCGACGAGACCCCCUUCCUGGGUGGUCCUGCUGGCACUACGCGCCGAAUCAGUGCGGACGUUGCUCCUCCGUCCAUUCUUCUUCCCCAACACCCAAGAGGAGAUUGGCGAGAGGAACGUCCGUCCGGCGCUGGACUUGGUCUCCAACGUUGUGCACAUCUUGUACACGCUGGACACGGAGACGGAUCUGUACCGCAUGCAGCGGCCGUUCUACCAGCAUGUCCUCGCUUCCACGUGCGCGUUGUUCUUCCUGCUGGUCACGUUCGUGGAAAGACAAAGCAGUCAAUUCACGGAGAGCGUCAAUGAGCAUAGGAACUGCAUCCAAGCGACCUUCCACAUGGCCAUGAAGUUGGCUAUCAAGUAUGGCCCGGUGUCCAGAGCAUCUCGACGACUGGGCCGUCGACUCGUGGAGCUACGGGAUACCUUAGAUCAGCUGUGUGUCCUGGACGGCAGCAAUCAUCACUCAAUGGCCUGGAACAGCCAGGCCACAGCCUCGUCCAGCUUCGAUUAUGGUCGAGGCACCGCGAGUCAGUCAAUGAUCCCCCGGGACUACUCCCGGCUUGCUGAGCCCCAGACUGCGAUCCCAGGCUACACAUCACAUGUACUUGAAAGAGAUGGGAGCUUCCAAACCGGCUGGGCAGAGUCCAUCCUAUUCGACUGGCCCAUGGCGGAGCAGGAAGCAAUGUUUGGUCUGAGGAAGAACCCCUGA